AUUCUUAAAUACAAGUGAUACCUACAUGUAUAUAUUUAUUUCCGUAAAGUUAUCGCUGACGCUUAGGGUUACCAUCAUGUAAGUUAUGAUGUUUCUCGGGGCAAUACGGAGUCGCCUUCCCAUUGCUCGGAGAUGGCUCUUCUAUACCUCUUCGGUUUCAGUUAAAUCACCUCUCCUAGUAUCUUCGGAAGGUUUCUAUUAUUGAAUCAGGUACCGCCUGGUCAGUGUCUCAUGAAAGUACGUACUGUUGUCGUAGCAUAGACGCUCAUGGCGUUUCUAAGAUGAGUGCCUGUUAUAAAUACCUACCCAGAUACUUGACAAAACAAUAUAAAAUCUAUUUAGCAGCUGAUAGUCUAUUGUUUAAACGGCAUGGAAAUCCCUCGAAGAAGGCCGCGAAUACUCUUACUAUAACAGUUAAGCCUGAACCGUACCGCUGUGCUGAUAACUAGCCGCCAAGACGACCUCUGCAUCCGAAUGGACGGGUAAUAUGCAACGAUCCCGAACCCUAGCUCCCGUACGGGACUCUUAAUGAGGUCUUGCUAGGGGGUUUCUUUUAGUUUACGGGACAUGUAACACUACAAAAACAUCUUACUCUGUCUUUCUUGCUCGUCAAUUUUCUUCUUGUUUGUCUUUCUCCUUCGCCCUCGAGAGACAUGACAAGGCCCCGUGCGCCAAGAGCGGCGGCCGUUGCGGGCGCGAUCGCGCGAAUUCUUGGCUUAGGUACUUCCGUGGUAUUAAUAGCCAACCUUAUCUACGAAAGUGUGAACUGGGGAAAGACGCUGGGGCUUUCGGUCUCGGUGGCUGUGAUUGCACUGUUGGUCGACGGCUCCGAGCUGACCGGGUUGCUUGACUCAACCCGCACCAUACCCCGUGUUUCCCCGGUUUGCUUAAUCUGCGAAGAUCUGUUGGUCCUUUGCUUGGCGAUCCCUUCAAUCUUUUUGAUUAUUUUGAGCAAUAUCCAUGAGAAUGCUGCCGACCCGCCAUACCCCUGGGAAGGCACCGAUUCCCUAUCUUUUAUAGUUACCAUCGCCAUAUGCAUCCUAAGAUUUAUGAUCCUGAUAUGGAGCUGCGUGGAUUGCUGUUACACAUUUAAGCAUCCAAGACGACCCGAGAGUAUACUUACACCUGUACAUUCAAUAGGCGAGUUACGAGAUGUUGCUCCAAGUAGAUAAUAUAUUAUUAACGUGCUCCUCCCAUGCU